AUGCAUCGUCGAGGAGGAGGGAUCGCGGCACUGCAGCGUCAAGAACAAUCACAACGGUCGUUCGUUGAACUUUCGCACGCCCUUUCAGAGUCGCAGGUAGAUCACCUCCACGCUCAGCUCACUCACUUUCGUACCGCCCUCGCCCGCUUCGCCGCCACUCACCGCCAUUCCAUCCGUCGGGAUCCCGCCUUCCGCCAUGCUUUCCAGCAGAUGUGCUCCUCUAUCGGUGUAGACCCCCUCGCUGGCCCGCGAAAGGGCGGUUGGUGGGCAGAGAUGCUGGGCAUGGCUGACUGGCAGCACGAGCUCGGCGUACAGAUCGUCGACGUCUGCGUAACCACCCGCGACCGCAACGGUGGCCUCAUUGACAUCGCAGAGCUCAUCAGGCUCGUCACCAAGCUCAGAGGCCUCGCAGACGGCGCCAUCGAUGAAGACGAUGUCAUCCGGAGCAUCAAGACUCUCCAGCCCCUCGGCGCAGGCUACCACGUCGUCGAUAUUGCAGGUCGCAAGAUGGUCCGCAGCGUCGUCAAGGAGCUCGACCACGACCAGACCGUCAUCCUCGCCAUCGCCACACAGCUUGGAGGCAGGAUCGUACCAGAUGUCCUGAUAGAGCGCGCCUCCUGGUCUCAUGAUCGGGCCGCUGCUGCUCUCGAGAAUAUGCUCACCAGGGACGGUCUCUGUUGGGUCGACGACCAGGACGAGCUGUCUGGUAGAGCCUACUGGGUUCCAUCUGCAAUCAAGUGGGACGAAUAA